AUGGAUCGAGCUAUUGAGUCGGAGAUCGAUCGCGCGCUCAGCGUACGAGCUAACGAGUCUCACCGCGCUAUCGGCUCGCGUAUUCGCGUGUCAUCUAACGAGCUCAAGGAUGCGCUCAAAGGCUACACACCGAUCGAUCAACUUUCCUUGGCAAAGUCAGAUGGGCCCGACGGCGAAGGCAUCGACGAAUACGUCGACGGCUUCGAUUCAAUCGGUGGCUUCGACGAGGUCAAACAAAUUCUCGAAGACGCCAUCGCGCUUCCCGCGAGACAUCCAAAGAUUUUUUCACAGUGUCCCCUGCGUUUACCGACUGGAGUGCUCCUCUACGGUCCCCCGGGGAGUGGCAAAUCUGCAAUGGCCAAGGCGGCGAUAGUCAACGCGGGUUUGCGCUCGAUCACAAUUAAAGGUCCAGAACUGUUUUCCAAGUAUUACGGCGAAAGCGAAGCGACACUGCGAAAACUUUUCAAGAGGGCGGAGGACGCCGCGCCGUGCGCGCUUUUCUUCGACGAGUUUGAGUCCUUGGCGCCGAGACGAGGCGGGACAGACGGCGGCGUUACCGAUCGCAUGGUCAAUCAAUUCUUAACGCUGUUGGAUGGCGUCGAAUCGCUCGUCGGCGUGUUCGUCAUCUGCGCCACGUCGCGCCCAGACGUCGUCGAUCCAGCGCUUUUACGUCCAGGGCGUCUCGAUCACUUGCUGUAUCUGCCAAUGCCAGACGCGAUCGCUCGCGCAAAGAUCGUUCGAACACUCACGCGCGAGAUUAAAGUUGCACCGGGUGUAGAUUUGGUCGCCAUCGCCGAAUCGGAGCGCAUGGAAAGCUUCUCAGGCGCCGAUUUGGCUGCGUUUGUGAGCGAGUGCGCGAACGUCGCCGCGACGCGAGUCCUUAAGACGUACACUGCAGCGGUUGAACGCGGCGAAGACGUGGCUGAGCCGAACGCUCCGCCGACGAUUGAACCGCACGAUGUGGUCGAGGCUCUGAAACGUUCACGCGCCUCGCUGUCGCAGGAGACGUUGCUGUUUUACAAGCGCGUUCACGAAGACUUUAGAAAUAGUCGCCGCGCGAGUGGCGUAGGCGGCGACGCGCAGACGUUCGCUUCGCAAUAA